UUGUAUGCCGCCUUUUCUUUUUGUUUACAUCUGGACAUCUUAUAAAUAAAUCGUAUAAACAUGAAAGUGGCUAUAGAAGGAUGCGCACAUGGCGAACUGGAGCGGAUAUAUGAGACCAUCGCGGGAAUCGAGAAGGAGAGCGGCACUAAGAUCGACCUCCUGCUGUGCUGCGGCGAUUUUCAGUCCACCCGAAAUCUGGAGGAUUUGCAGACGAUGGCGGUUCCCAAGAAAUACCUGGACAUGUGCUCCUUCUACAAAUACUACAGCGGUGAGCUGGUGGCCCCGGUGCUGACCAUUUUCAUUGGCGGCAACCACGAGGCCUCCAAUUACCUGCAGGAGCUGCCUUACGGCGGCUGGGUGGCUCCCAAUAUCUACUACCUCGGCUAUGCAGGCGUGGUCAAUGUGAAUGGCGUUCGCAUCGCGGGAAUAAGUGGAAUCUACAAGGGUCACGACUUUCUGCGCGGUCACCAUGAAUAUCCGCCCUACACGGAGUCCACCUGCCGCAGUGUCUACCAUGUGCGGCAGUUGGAAGUGUUCCGGCUGAAGCAGUUGUCCGGAAAAGUGGACAUCUUUCUGUCACACGACUGGCCCACCGGGAUCUAUGAGUACGGGAACAAGGCGCAGCUGCUGCGCAAGAAGCCCUUCUUUGCGGCGGACAUGGAAAGUGGAAAACUGGGCAGCCAGCCGCUGGAGGAGCUGCUCAAAGCAGUCCAGCCGGCCUACUGGUUUGCUGCCCAUCUGCACUGCAAGUUUGCCGCCCUGGUACCGCAUAAUCACGGCCAGCAGCGAGCGGACGAUGCAGCUUCCUCCUCCUCCAGCAGCAGCAGUGAAGAUGAGGACGAGGAGAAGGAAAAGAAGGCCGCUCCUACUACACCAACCCCUUCGAAACCCGUUCCGGUGACCAAAUUCCUGGCACUGGACAAAUGCCUGCCGCGACGAGCAUUCCUGCAAGUGGUGGAUAUUCCAGGUGACCCCAUUGAGGGUAAUCCCCGCCUGGAGUACGACGCCGAGUGGCUGGCCAUCUUGCACAGUACCAAUCAUUUGAUUUCUGUCAAGGAGAACUACUACUAUCUGCCUGGAAAAAAGGCGGGAGCACUUACAGAACGCUUUAAUUUCACACCCACCGAUGCGGAACUGGAAGCUGUGACCACAAAGUUCCAGAAUCUCCAGGUGCCUGAGAACUUUGAGCGCACGGUGCCAGCUUUUGAUCCCGAGGAGCAAUCCAACUACAAGCACAUGGUUGUGGGCCAACCAAAGGUCCAUCUGAAUCCCCAGAGCAAUACUUUCUGCGCCGCCUUGGGCAUAGAUGAUCCACUGUGCUUGGUUUUGCUGGCCAAUGGCAAGGAUCUGCCGGCAGUGGGAUCUGAAGUCAUCCAGGAUAAGGCGAAUAAAAGUGCUGAAGUGGAGGAGCAGGCGGAGCAAGAGAUGACAGAACCUUUGGUCACGCCCACAAAGAGGAAACUGAACUUAUCCCUGCCAGCUCCCAUAGCCGCACCUGCAGAUACCACGGAUAAGAACGUGAUAGAUCUGCCCGAGGAGGAGGAGGAACCACAACCAGAAGAAGCUGACCAAGCUACAGAAGCACCUGCAACUGAGGAACCAUCCACCAUUCCCGCCAGUCCCAAUCUCAAGAAGCUAAAACGACGCAAUCAGGACAUUUACCAAGCUCAAGACGAUUAAAACCUAACAAAUUCCGUGCAAGCGGAGCAAAUUCUACAAAA